AUGGUUCGUCGCGAACGAACAAUGCUACUCGAAUUACUUAUUCUUCUUGUUUUUAUACUUGACGAUCUCUUCUUUAAAAGGAAACAACUGGCUUCGAAAUUAACAUAUGAACGCGAGACGCAGAAAGUAGAAUACAAUCGGCAUGCUGUUCUUCUUCGCCCUGAUAGUGAUGUUAGUUUCGGUCGCGUAUUCUAUGCCGACCGAAGAUCAAUCGCCUUCGACGGACGAAAUCGACGUCUCUUUCGCAACGAGCAUCGGCAUCUCGUCCAUCGUCGAAAUGCGAGUGGUGAAGGAGUGGCGAACUCUGUUCGUGGGCGCGAACAACUCGGCGUUCGUGUUCGAUCUCAAUCGAACUCUAGAAUCCUCGACGACUACGAAGUUAGACUGGAUGGCGGACUCGGUCGCCAAGAAGAAGUGCAGAUUGAAAGGGAAGGAAGAACACGACUGCCAGAACUACGUGAAAAUCGUAACUCCGGAUUUAACGAACGGUCGAGUGUUGGUCGAGUGUUGAUCUGCGGAACCAACGCUCAGAAACCGAAGUGCAUUCAUGCCGAGAUGUCGAACUUGGAGAGUGGUUGGAGGAGAAGGAACGCGACGGACGGUCUGUACAAUUGUCCGUUCGCCGUUAACCAAAAAGUAACUUCCGUCUUCGCGGAGGGUAGCCUGUACGCCGGGACGGUAGCCGAUUUCAACGGCAGGGAUUCCGCACUGACGAGGUCGAUGGGCAACGCCGUUCCUCUCAUAACCAAGAGGCACGAUUCGUUGUGGCUGAAUCACCCGAAAUUCGUUGGUUCGUUUGUAGAGGGAAGAGAAGUGUUUUUCUUCUUCCGAGAAGUUUCCGUAGAAAAUUGCGAAAAGAUUUACCGUUCGCGAAUCGCCCGCGUUUGCACCGACGACAAGGGAGGCAGAACGAUACUGGACUCCAGCUUGACGACUUUUCUGAAGGCGCGACUCGACUGUUCGUUCCGAGGGGAAUUUCCGUUUCGCUUCAACUACCUGCAGGACGUCGUGCGGACCGUCCGCGGGGGAAAGGUCUUCUACUACGCAGUUUUCACGACGGGGAAACACGAAAUACCCGCCUCGGCCAUCUGCCGUUUCGGCCUCGACGACAUAAGGGACAACUUCGAAAGAGGUCCGUUCUUGCGACCGACGGCGCCUUGGGGACGCAUCCCGGACGAGGACGUUCCGGACAACAGACCGGGCGAUUGUUCGGUCGACUCGACUCUACUCUCGUACGAAGAUCUAAAUUUCGUGAAAUCGCACCCGUCGCUGUACGAACCGGUCGGAAGUGGGGACCCGCUCUUUACGCUGGUUCGACAAAACUACAGGUUGAAGACGUUGACCGUGACCGAGACCG